UCUUCUGCUUCUUCUGCUUUUUGUCUUUUGGGACUGUAACAUUAGAUGCAGUUUCUUUCAGUCCGCAUGCUCUUUUUUGAGCGACUCCUCCACGCGUAAAGCUGGUGCUUGUUGUUUUGCGUGCUCAUUCUUGUCUUUCAAGCAACGUUUGGGUUCAAUGUUGUCGGGGAAGUUUUCGGCUCUUAGGUGUUUAGUUCCGGAGAAUGCCGAGCUGGAUUUUUGCGGUUUUCCAAUGUGAAAAUUGCGCUUAAUCGUGGAUUUAUUGUGGAGAUAAUGCGAUUUCGUCGAUCUCUGCUCGAGAUUCGAAGCGAGAGUUCGAAGGAGAAUGGAUCGGAGAGGCAGCGAUUGAAAGCGUUAAGAGGACCGAGCGCGUGACACGUAGCUAGUAAGAAGCACCGAAACGACGGAGGGAUGCGGAGUUAGCCGAGGAGCUUCAUCGGAUGUCAGUAGCCGUGUUCGGACGACAGGCGUUUUUGGAGGAUUGAAAAGAAGGAGCAUAGGGAAUAGGAGUGUGAGAAAUGGGAGCAAUUAGUGGGGAGGAGCUGCUGAAGUGGGAAAAGAUGCAAGGACUGGGUGCUUGCGAGGAGAAAAUUCUUGUUUUGGUGAGGUUGAGGCCUUUGAGUGAAAAAGAGGCCGCGGCCAAUGAAGUAGCAGACUGGGAAUGCAUCAAUGACACCACGAUCUUGUACAGGAACACCCUUAGGGAAGGGUCUACUUUUCCUUCUGCCUACACAUUUGACAGGGUAUAUCGUGGUGACUGUUCUACGAGGGAGGUUUAUGAAGAAGGAUCAAGGGGAAUUGCUCUCUCAGUUGUCAGUGGCAUUAACUCCAGUAUAUUUGCUUAUGGGCAAACAAGUAGUGGAAAGACGUACACCAUGAAUGGAAUAACAGAGCUCACUGUAGCUGAUAUAUUUGAUUAUAUAUGCAAACAUGAAGAAAGAGCAUUUGUUUUGAAGUUCUCUGCCAUUGAAAUCUAUAAUGAAGUCGUCAGAGACCUCCUCAGCCCUGAUAACACCUCUCUGCGGCUGCUGGAUGACCCGGAGAGAGGGACUGUUGUGGAAAAAGUAACAGAGGAAACUCUGCGGGACUGGAACCAUUUUAACGAGCUCGUAUCCAUUUGUGAAGCUCAGAGACAAAUUGGGGAAACAUUAUUAAAUGAGAGAAGCUCCAGAUCUCAUCAAAUUCUCAAAUUGACAGUUGAAAGUUCUGCUCGUGAGUUUUUAGGCAAGGACAACUCCACGACCCUUUCUGCCAGUGUGAACUUCGUAGAUUUGGCUGGUAGUGAGCGUGCGUCUCAAGCAUUAUCAGCUGGAGCUAGAUUGAAGGAAGGUUGCCACAUAAAUCGCAGUUUACUGACCCUGGGAACCGUCAUUCGCAAGCUAAGUAAAGGGAGACAUGGACAUAUCAAUUACAGAGAUUCAAAGCUGACACGCAUACUGCAACCUGCCUUGGGUGGAAAUGCGAGGACUGCCAUUAUCUGCACUUUGAGCCCUGCUCGUAGUCAUGUCGAGCAGACCAGAAACACUCUACUGUUUGCAUGUUGUGCAAAGGAAGUGACUACCAAAGCACAAGUUAAUGUGGUCAUGUCUGAUAAGGCCCUGGUCAAACAUCUGCAGAAAGAGUUGGCUAGAUUGGAGAAUGAAUUGAGAGCUCCUGGUCCUGUUUCAUCAAAUUGCGACUACAUAGCUCUACUGAAGAAGAAAGAUCUUCAAAUUGAGAAGAUGGAUAAGGAGAUUAGGGACUUGAAAAAGCAAAGGGAUGUAGCACAAUCUCGGACUGAAGAGUUGCUGAAGUUUGUUGAAAAUUAUCAAGAUCCUAAAAAACUGAUUGGAAAUGGACAUCAAUCUAAUGGGAAAACAGAUGAUACAUGGGAAGAUGAUUGUUCAUUGUCAGAAGGCAUCACCUAUUCUCACUCUCUGGAUUCGAGUGUUAGAAAAACGAACAGAACCAUCUAUCACAACAAGAUGAACGGAAAUAACUCUGAACAAUUAAGCAAUUCGAUAUGGGAGAACACUGAAGAACAUUCUGAAGCAGAAUAUACAUAUUCACCACCAUCAGUUGGUCAAGGAUAUGAUGAUUACUGCAAAGAUGUUCAGUGUGUUGACAUGGAAGUAUUGAGCAGGGAGAACGAUAUUAAAGCCCUUUCCAGUCCUCUUGGUGAAAGUGCAGUAUCAGCUCUGAGACAAGUAGAAGAUCAUGAUGGAACUAGUCAGACUUCAUUAUCAACCACAUUCAAUGAAAAUGGAGAACGGAGUCACAUCCAGAAUCACUCCAGAUAUGGGGCCCUUGAAGAGAGCCUCCAUGAUGUGCAGAGGACAAUUGAACCUUUUAUCAGUCCUCAUGGUGAUACAUCCCCACGAGUCCCAGCAGCUGAUAACUCGAGUUCUACAAAUCUCAAGCUAAGUAGGAGCUUGAGCUGUAGAGCAAAUCUUGUAACUGGUUCCUCCUCUCCCAACUUUGAGGAGGCAGACAUCAACGCAACACCACCUAAUGAGUCUGAGAGGAUCUUUCCUGGAAGACCUGAAGCAUUUCAAAGGAAGUUUCUUCCGUUAAAUUACGACAAUGGCAUUGCAAGGCUGUCAAGAAAUAAUUCUCAAUCUUCUUUGGAAAGUGGUUCUGUUGCUCAGAGUGUCAGUGCAGCUGCAGAUGAAGAUCUCACUAGUGUUCAUACUUUCGUUUCUGGGCUGAAGGAAAUGGCCAGUGCCUAUGAGAAGCAACUAGCAGAUGAGCAGGGGGCGGAGUCGAGAUCUAACGAUUGUGAAAGUAAUGUGAAAGAAGUAGCUUCAGAGGCGUUGACAAAUCCAUUAGAUUGGCCACCGGAAUUUGAGAGAAAGCAAAGAUCAAUACUGGGGCUCUGGCAAAUUUGCAACGUUCCAUUGGUUCACAGAACAUACUUUUUUCUGCUGUUUAGAGGCGAUCCAGCGGAUUCCAUCUACAUGGAAGUGGAGCUCCGAAGACUGACUUUUCUGAAGGAAACAUUUUCUAGCGGAGGCCAGGCAGUGGCAGAUGGACGAGUUCUUACACCUGCUUCAAGUUUGAAGGCUCUUCAUCGGGAGAGGGAGAAGCUGAGCAAGCUGAUGCGCAGGAGACUCUCGGAAGCAGAUAGGGAGAGACUCUUCCAGAAGUGGGGUAUCAGUCUGGAGUCAAAGAGGAGGCGGCUUCAACUGGCCAGUCGCUUGUGGAGCGACACGGAAGACAUAGAUCGUGUUAUGGAGAGCGCUUCUGUGGUCGCGAAGCUUGUCCGGUUCGAAGAUCAAGGAAAGGCUCUUAGAGGGAUGCUGGGGCUUAGCUUUAGUUCUCCCAGCAUGGGAAGGAGAUCCCACGGCUGGAGGCAGAGGAGUGCCAUUUCUUAUUUAGGUUAAGUAGUCACACGAGAGUCAUGCCACAUCUGGUAUCUUACAUUUUUUAUUUCAAGCUCCCUCUCUCUCGCUUUCUCCACGCAGCCUCCAGACCCAUUUUGUUUGUGUAAAAACAUUUGAAGUUUACAAGCUAUUGUUAUGAUUCUAUAAUCCUAUCAAGCUUUUGGUUUUCUA